AUGGAUACCAUCUUCUAUGCUAAAUUUCAAGAAAUUAGCUAUAACAAUGCUAAAGAAACAGCUAGCAUCUCAUCUCAAAUUCAGAGAACAAGAAACAAAAUACCUGUCAAGUGGAGAUCCCCACCCAAGGAGUGGCUAAAGCUCAACAUCGAUGCAGUUAUUUCAGAGAGCACAAAUAGAGUAGCCAUAGCUGUAGUGAUCAGGGACUUGAGGGGUGAAAUCAGAGGAGGUUUUGCUUCCAAUAUCCUUGUAAGCUCAAGCACUAUGGCCGAAGCCUGGGAAAUGAGAGAAGCUUUGUUGUUAGUGAAGAAUCUAGAAAGGGGAAAGGUAAUUAUUGAAUUAGAUUGCCUUACCCUGAUUGAAGCAAUUAAGUCUGGAGCGGAGCUCUGGGAAAUUGAUUCUAUCCUCCAUGAUAUCCAAUCUCUCCAAUUGGAUCUCCCUGACUACAACUUCACUUGGGUUCCUCGUGAAGGGAACAUCCUUGCCCACACAAUAGCAGUGCUCAAAAACUCCAAUGUUCUCUUCCCAUCCUGGUGCACUACUCUGCCUCCCCAGCUCAAUUCCAUAUGCCGAAAAGAGAUGCCAAAAGUGGCAGCAAGUGUCCAAGAACCAGGAACCCCACCCCAAUAG